CUGACUCCACACACAACACACCAAUUGGAAAUAGAAUUUGUGGCAAGAACCAGUUUGGCUUGUAGCGAGCAUUAAUCAGCAUCGUUCGAAUGUUUAAAUUAGACCGUUCCUUUAGUUUUUUCGCUAAUGCUUGCAGAUGGCCACAUGAGCUGCCGCCAGUAGUUUAUUUCUCACAUUAUCCUUAGCACAAACGUAACAUUAUAAUGCUCAGUUCUCAUAAGAUACCGGUAACAGUCAAAGUCGAGAUCAAUGUUUUACUGCUACUUGUUACUCUUCUCGGACUGCUGACCAGGCUGUACGGGAUUCAGUUUCCAAGAGCUGUUGUGUUUGAUGAGGUUUAUUAUGGACAGUUUGUAUCUCUCUAUAUGAAACAAGUAUUUUUCGUUGACGAGAGUGGACCACCAUUUGGCCAUAUGAUACUUGCGCUUGGAGCCUAUCUGGGAGGAUUUGAUGGCAACUUUGUCUGGAACAGAAUAGGAGCAGAAUACUCCAAUAACGUACCUGUUUGGAGCCUCAGAGUAAUUCCGGCCCUAUCAGGCGCUUUGUGUGUGCCACUGGGGUAUCUGUUGAUGCAAGAGUUGGGUUAUUCCCAUCUUGUUGCUUUAAUGGCAUCAGUGCUUCUCUUGCUUGAGAACUCACUGAUUGUCCAGUCUCGCUUCAUGUUAUUGGAGUCUAUUCUCAUUUUUUUCCUGCUGCUUGCUGUGGUUUCCUAUCUCCGUUAUUGUAAAGCUCCAAAUGAUUCAUCAGUCAGGUGGGUAUGGCUGGCACUGUCGGGUGUGGCAAGUUCUUGUGCUAUCGGAGUGAAAUACAUGGGUCUGUUCACCUACCUGCUGCUUUUGGGCUUGGCAACUGUUCAUGUCUGGAAGCUCAUAGGAGACAAGUCUUUAAACAUGGCCGUGGUUGUGAAGCAGGUUGUUGCACAGUUUUUUGCCCUGAUUGUGCUGCCAGUGGUCCUCUACCUGGUUUUCUUCUACGCCCAUCUAAGCAUUCUCUAUCACAGUGGGCCACAUGACCAGAUGAUGAGCAGUGCUUUUCAGGCCAGUCUGGAGGGUGGGCUAGCGAGAAUCACAAAGGGUCAGCCUCUGGAGGUGGCAUAUGGCUCUCAGGUGACCCUCCGCAGUAUCUCCAGCAAACCUGUUCCAUGCUGGCUACAUUCUCACAAGGCGAAUUACCCUAUAAGGUAUGAAAAUGGUCGUGGCAGUUCACAUCAACAGCAGGUAACUUGUUACCCUUUUAAAGAUGUCAACAACUGGUGGAUAAUCAAAGAUCCAAGAAGACAAGACCUGGUGGUUAGUAGUCCUCCCAGAGUGGUCCAUCAUGGAGAUGUCAUUCAGCUUCUUCAUGGAAUGACCUCACGUUUCCUCAAUACGCAUGAUGUUGCUGCUCCCAUGAGUCCUCACUCACAGGAGGUGUCAUGUUACAUUGACUUCAAUGUGUCCAUGCCGGUUCAGAAUCUUUGGAGAGUGGAUAUACUAAACAGAGAGUCCGAGAGAGAGAGCUGGAAAACUAUUUUGUCAGAAGUGCGAUUGGUCCAUGUUAACACAUCAGCUGUGCUGAAGCUUAGUGGAACCUCUUUGCCAGACUGGGGGUUCAGGCAGCUGGAGGUGAUUGGCGAUAAAGUCUAUAAGGGCUACCAACAGACUGGCAUGUGGAAUGUUGAGGAGCAUCGCUAUGGAAGGAGUCAUGAACAGAAAGAGAGGGAACUGGAACUCAAUUCUCCCACUCAUAUCGACAUCAGCUGCAACCUCAGCUUCAUCGCCAGGUUUUUAGAACUCCAGUGGCGAAUGCUGUCUGUGAAAGCUGAGGAGUCUGAACACAAGUAUAGCUCUUCACCUGUAGAAUGGAUCACCAUGGAUACCAACAUUGCAUAUUGGCUUCAUCCUUCAAACAAUGCUCAGAUUCACCUCAUUGGAAACUUUGUAACUUGGACAUUGGCAAACAUUGCAUUGGCUGUGUAUUGUCUGUUGUUCUUGGCAUAUCUCUUGAGGAGACGCAGAAAAAUACAAGAUAUUCCUGAAGCAAGCUGGGCUCAGAUGGUCCAGGCUGGAGCUGUGUGUGCCGGAGGCUGGGCUGUGAACUACCUCCCUUUCUUCACAAUGGAGAAAACACUUUUUCUUUACCACUACCUGCCAGCGCUCACCUUCCAGAUCUUACUCGUCCCAGUUGUCCUGGAACACGUUCACUCUCAUAUCCUCAGGUCCCCAUCACAACGUUGGGCAUUUGGUGGGGUUGUUUUGGCAGCUUUGUCUGCAGUGUUACUGGCCUACCACACCAUCUCCCCCUUUACCUACGGCCAUGUUGAGAUGACUUCUGAUCAGUUGGCCAUGCUGCGCUGGAAAGAGAGCUGGGAUAUUCUGCUGCGCAAACAUUAACACUCAUCUAAUGUUGUCCUUCAUUGGAAUGGUACAGAGUUGUCAUGACAGAAAGUACACUUGAUAGAGUACAAUUUUAACCAAAAAAGUUUUGUUGUAACAAAUGGACAAAUGUGUUUGAAGGGAGACUUAUUUAUAAAAUACCAAGCUUGUCUCUUCAGAGAGAGAGAGAGAGCGCGAGAGCAUUUGGGAAUGAGUAAGGGAAUGACUUAUCAAAAGGUAAUAUGCAACCUAUAUAUAUAUAUAUAUAAUAUAAUUGCAGUGGGACAUUAGAGCUCAUCUGGUCCCAAUUCCAAGGCUGUGAAAUGGUCUCUUAUUUAAUCUUGCUGUAUGAGCCUAAAUGGGUUGACUGGGUCUUAUUUUUUGUGUUUGUACUGUUUUAUGGUUCUUAAUAAAUAAAUAAAAAAGACAAGGAGAGCUGAUAA